AUGACCGCGGUCGUAGCUAUCCCCCCGCCAUUCUUCUCGCCUUACCUCGACGACCAGCUCUCAAAGCUCGCCGCCAAGCAGAUCCCAUGGGAGGGAUACCAACGUGCCAAGCUGCUCUCGCAGGAGGAAUGCACCCUCCUCCGCUCGCUUGAGAAGCUCCCCGCUGGCCAGCGCAGCACGUUGUUCUCGACCCAGGGCGCACAGUACGCCAAGUUGUACAUUGACCUGCUCCGCAAGCUCCAGCGCGUGGACACUGUCCAGGCAGUGCUCGUGUCCAUCUCCAACAUGCUCUCCGACUUUAGCACGAUCCAGUACUACCACGACCUCUCCAAGACCGACCCGCUCGACCCGUACCAGCCCAUCGUCAAGUGCCUCACCAUGGACACGGACGAGGAGUUUGUCCACCUCGAGAGCUUGAGGAUACUUGCCCUCCUCAUUGCUACGGACGACAACGACUUCCCCGAGCAGCUCCUCCCGGCUCUGCUGGCCGCCAUCUCCAAGCUGCUCAACGGGUCGCGCCAGCAGCCCCGCGACAUUGCCGCCCAGGUUCUCAACGCCGUCCUCGGCAAGAAGCAGAUGCGCAGCGCCGUCUGGGCUGAGGGCACCUGCAUCUCUGGGCUCGUCAAGUGGCUCAAGGAGACCCCUACUCCUCAGCAGCAGUACAGCGCCAUCUGCUGUAUCUGGCAGCUCUCGUACGAGGAGGACGCCGCCAAUGGCCUUGACAAGAAGUAUGACAUUGUCAGCCUGUUUAUCGAGAUUGCCAAGAGCGCCGUCAAGGAAAAGGUCAUCCGCGUGGUCGUCGCCACCUUCCGGAAUCUCCUCUUGAUCGCCCCCGCGGCCAACCUGCCGUCCAUGUUUGUCGUGCGCCUGCUCCCCUUUGUUCAGUCGCUCAACGAGCGUAACUGGUCGGACGAGGACAUUGUCGAGGACCUCGACUACCUCAAGGAAGAGCUCAAGACGCGUCUCGACGGACUCACCACGUACGACGAGUACGUUUCCGAGCUCGAGUCGGGCCACCUGGUGUGGUCGCCAGCACACGAGUCGGACGACUUCUGGCGCCUCAACACGUCGCGCAUCCUGAACGAGGGAGACGGCAAGCUCGUCAAGCGCCUCGUCGAGCUCAUCACGACGUCCAAGGAGCCCGUGGUCCUCGCAGUGGCGUGCAGCGAUGUGGCCAAGUUUGCCAAGUAUGGUGGUGACCGCGCCAAGCAGCUCAUGACAAAGCUGGGCGGCAAGACGCGCGUCAUGGAACUCAUGACCCACGCCAACCCCGAUGUCCGCUACCAUUCCCUCAUCGCCGUCCAGCAGCUGCUUAGCCAGCACUGGCUUGACUAG